AUGAAAAGUAACUAAGAAUUUGAACAAGAGGUUGAAAUCUUAAUUAAAGAAUCUGUUUCCAAAAAUCAAUCAUAUAUUAAAGAUGAAGGUGAGACAAAAGAAAAAACAUUAAAAAAAUAAUUCUUCAAUAAUAGAAACAAGAUUGAUAUAAAUGAAGCAUGGAGAGAGAUUGAAAAAUUAUUUGAAAAUUUCUCUAUUCAGGAUAAGAAAUUAAUUGAAAAACCAAUUAUGAAAGAAGAAUAAAAAAUUAUAGAAUAAAUUGAUGUGUUACAAACACCAUAACCAAAGAUUCAUUCUCAUUCAAUUUAAACUACAAAAACUAAAGAGCUUUUAGAAGAAAAGGAGAAGGAUAGGAAUAAGCGUACUGUUACUAGAAAAUUGAAAUUUAAUUUAGACUGA